GGGGCGGGAUUUCCUUCAGCUUCAUCGCUGGAUGAUCUGCUGCAGCUCUAGGUGACACGUAACGAAAGGUGCGAUUAGGCCGCUCUAAACUUCAGAUAAUUCAUAAAAAGACUGCUUUUCAUUAUGUAAAAAACUCAACAGAGCUUCGACUAAGCACGAGGAUCGACUACAAUCGUAUUCGUCACUUUUUUUUAAUCUGUUGAAUGUCUUUGGAAAACUUGGCGAAGCGUGAGACUUUUGUAAACAUUUCAGAUACACAAGUCGCACGAGCAACUGUCCACGAAUAUAAUGUUUCAUGAGGAAUCUCGGAGAGGACGGAGUUGUUUCUAUACUGAAGAGUGAAGAGAAAAUCAUUCCCUGGAAAGUUUCUGUGGAAUCCAGGAGAGGAGGGAACAUGGGCAACGGCGUGUGCUCCAGGAAGCAGAAGAAGAUUUUCCAGUCUCUGCUGCUGGUCACGGUGGUGUUUGGGAUGAUCUAUGGUGGGAUGUUUUCUUACGAGAUGCACAGACAGCUGAAGAGGACAGAAGAGAUGGCCGUGAAAUACCAGCAGCACCAGGAGUCUCUUUCCGCUCAGCUUCAAGUUGUGUACGAGCAUCGCUCCAGGUUGGAGAAGUCUCUUCAGAAGGAGCGGCUGGAGCAUAAAAAAGCCAAAGAUGAUUAUCUUAUGUAUAAAAUAGAGGCUCAGCAAUCUGUCAACAAAGAAAAGCAAGAUGCCGGCGUCAGAUUCAAUUCUCUGCAUUCCCAGCAUCAGAUUUUGAAGAACCAGCAUGAUGACCUAAAAAAGCAGUAUUAUGAACUACAAGAGCGACAUCAACUACAAGAUGAUGAACACAACAAGGCAUUAGAUGAACAUAAACAGAGACUCGACCAGCUUCAUCAGACUAAAGAGUCUGAGAUUUCUAAGCUCAAAGACAAUGUAUAUAAUCUACGUGAGGAGAACAAGCAGCUGAGAAAAGCUCAUCAGGAAGUCUAUGUGCAGCUUCAGGACACCAGGCAACAGCACAAGAACUUAAAAUCUGCCCACGACCAGCUUGUGUUGACCCUGGAGGACCACAAGAGUGCGCUAGCUGCGGCCCAGGUUCAGGUGGAUGAAUAUAAACAGCUGAAGGAAACACUCAAUAAGAUGCCCAGUCUGAGACAUGCUGCAGGACAGCCUCAGGCGCAUGUAGACGCACAGCCCAUCCAGAACAGGAAUGCAGAAGAGCUCCAUCAACCCCAGGACGCUCAGCCAGAGGCGGGUAAACAUGACGAGGUUGAGAAGCCUCAGCCACACCACAGGGAGGAGGAUGGAGAAAUGGGAGGAGCCGAGGAGAGGAGGAGAGAGCUGGCAGAGGAGGAGAUGGAGCAGGCCGGGCAGCCACAGAAACUGGAGGAGGAGUUUGAUGUGGCGCAUAAUGAAGUAGAGGAGGAAGAGCCACAGGCCAACCAACCAGAUGAAAACGCACUGGAGAGGGAGCAACAUCACGCUCAUGAGGUGGCGCCAGCUGAGGCUCAUGCGCAGCAUGCACAGGUGGAGCGGGUGAAGUCAGCGUACGAACAGCAGAAGGAGCAGCAGCGUCUGGCUGCACAGCUGGCGGAGGAGCGCAGACAGCUGCACCUGCGUCAGGAGGCCCUGCAGAAACAGCAGCUGGAGCAGCAGAAGGAGAGAGAGGAGAGGCUGCGUCUGCAGAGAGAGAGAGAGCAACAGCAGAACAGAGAAGCUGAUCUCAAAGAGCAACAACUCCGGCAAGAAAUGCUCCGGAAAAAGGCACAGUAUGAAAACAUAGAUACUGAUAUAGUCCAGGGAGAAGAAGAGCCACAGAUAUCUGAGGAGAAAGAGGAGAAUGUGCACCAUGAGGAGCCGAGGCAAGAUGAAGCAGAGCAUGUUCAUCAUGAAGAUGAGCAUCCUGUAGAAGCAGAUGUGGAUCCGGAGGACGACCCCAACAACCAGGGGGAGGAUGAGUUUGAGGAGGCGGAGCAGCAGCAGCCCCAUGAGGAAGAGGAGGAGGAAGAGGCAGCACCUGUUGGCCACCCUGACAUGCACCUGGCCGUAGAGAAUCAACACCAGCCGCCCGCCGAUGAACAGCUGGUGAUGGCUGGAAACCCAGACCAACAGGAAGAUGCUCUGGAUGAGCAGUACCAGGAGGAUGGAGAUGAUGAGGCUCAGGAUGAGCUGGUAGAUAAUCAGAAGCGUGAGGUGGUGCGGGAGGAAGAGGGAGACCCGUAUAAUGAGGAGAAUGGAGAACAGGAUGAGGCCAGAGAUCAGGAUGUAGCGGUGAAGCAGGAUAAUCAGCCCGCCCUGCAUCCCAAUGAGGAGAACUACGAAGAUGAGGAGGAAGAAGAAGGCAACGGUGAUAAACCCAAUCGCAGGGCAGAAAUGUGAUGUGAUUGAAAAGAAGGACAGCCAGUCGCUGCCAGCUGUUUGGAUUGGGUUUCCCACCCAAUAUUCUCAAACAUUGUGCCGGAAACGGUUCCGUUGGGUCCUGAUGAAUAGUAAACCGGUUUCACUUCCGGUCUGUGUGACUCUGAAACCGAGAUCCACCAAAACGCCCAACCACUUACAGACCAAACGCCCUGCUGUCUGCCUUUACUGUACGUCUGUCUAUCGUUUCUUGUGAAUAAGUUCCAUUUAAAUGCUCUCAUAUCUUGCAUUUGAUUUCUUCGACUGGACUGCGAAUCUGAAAGCACAGAUUUUAACCACCAGAAACUCUUGCACUGAAAGUUUUGCCAAGUGCCAUUUUUGGUUACUUGUGCUCCACAUGCAAGAUAUAUUCCAUCUUUGACAUGAAACAGCCUUAUUUUAAUAGUUUAGACUGAUUUUGAUGGACUGGCAGCAGUCACCAAUCAGCAUCGAAUCCUCACCUGGCCCCGCCCAAAUUUAUGGUGUUAAUUCAUCCAUCUUGUUGAUGAAUAAUUCAGGAUGGGUUUGGCAAGAUGCUUGGGUCAAUAGAUGAACUAAAUGAAUGUUUACAUGUAAUUCAAGCUGAGAACUGUAGCUGUCGAAUGCUCAAGUUUUUUUUAAAGUUACUGUAUGUGUUUAUUAACCAUAGUUGAAUUAUAUGCUGCCUAGACGUGAACCAAAAUCAUUCAGUUAAAGACUGAUAUUCAUCUGCUUUUCACCAAGUGCCUCAUAGAGUUUAUAAGAGAAAAAUGUUACCUAUCUUGCCAGGAUGAAUCAGUUCCUGACAUCUUUGUCGAAUGUCUCUGUUAUGGAAACACAUUUUUUUUUGGUUUGUUUGUUUUUGGUCUGUCAACAACUAUUCUAGUAUAAACUAGUACAAGUGUUACUGGACCUGGUUCUCUAAGUCUCACUGUUAGACUUUAACAUGAGACAUCAGACAGCAGAAAAAUUAAUGCCACAUUGAAAUGAGAAUUAAGGAGACAAUAUUCAGAUGUAAAUUUUUAAUAUGUGAUGGGUAAACAAAAUUGCUGGAAUAGCUUACUCAAAAUGAUUUGUUCUGAAUGUAUGCUAAAUCACUACAAUAUUGAAAAUUUUUAUUUAUUUUGUCUUGUUUUUUUUUGUUGUUGUUGUUUUUACAUACAUUAUAAAAAAUGAAAUAAUCUUUUGUCACUUUUGUUACGAUUUUUAGAUUUAUUAGCUGAUGUAAUAUUGGUAAUAAACAAGCUUUCCUGUUAAGUGUUCAGCUUUAAUAUUUUAUAUUUAAAAUAAAUAUCUAUAUGUGUAUAGUUUUUUUUUUUUCUCUCAAGUUUUGUAAAAGGAAGUCAAAUAUAACUAUUGUGAGAAAUAUUUUUGUGGCGUUUUGUUGAUAAUGGCCAUGUGAGCGAAAUAAAAAUGGGUGAAGGA